GAUAAGAAUAAGUAUGGCAGUUUUACACGUAUUUUUGGUUACCCUAGCAGUCUUUGGUUUAGAUGCUGUACAAGGCGAAAUUCCAAAUGAAAUCCAACAGUUCGUUCUGGGUCUUCUACAGAAACACGAUGGAGAAGUGAUGGAGUUGAAACAGGAGAUUCAGUCCCUCAGACGAGAGGUGUCCUCGCUCCAGAGGUCUUACCUAAAGGUCUUACAUGAAUUGGAUGAUUACAAGCAAAAGAAUGUUGAGAAAGAGUUGGUUUCUAUGGAAACUGCGACGGACAACAAAAUUCAAAAGCUAGAUAUAAAGAAUCCAUUUUCUCAGAACGGGACACAAUCCAAUACUCCUCAUAAUGCUCCUGGUGGAAAACAAUUGCCACAUUACGCUGAACGUAUCAGGAAAGGGAGACUGGUACCUCAUAACAUGAUCGCCAACUAUCCAACAGCCUUCUCUACAUCCAUGUCGAGAGAUCUUUCCAAUAUCCAGAACAAUCAAGUAUUACCAUUUAAUAUUGCUACUUUAAACAUCGGAAAUGCUUUCGACAUCACUUCUGGAGUCUUUACUCCGACCACUAAAGGGGUGUAUGUACUGUUUUCAACCAUAACCACAAACCCUGGGAAGAGAUUAGAAGCUGCGAUCGUUCGAAAUGGCCACUGGCUUUGUAAUUUAUACGCUGGAGACAUGACCUUCUUUUCUCCUGGUUCUAAUAUGGCCGUUGCUGCUUUGGAAAUCGGUGACAAAGUCCUGGUCAGAAUCCAUGACAAAUACCAUGACGACGGGGUCACCAUUGACGGCGCCUUCUCCUCGUUUUCUGGAUUUUUGUUGUACGAAACAGACUGAAUGAUUAAAACACCAUGAGGUU